AUGGCGGUACAUGAUAGCUACCCUAUUCAACGUUGCAGGUUGGCAUAUGUCUUGAUCACCUGGUUUUAUUUACUGUCUGGUAUUGAUAUGGCAAAUAAACAAUUCAAUUUUACAGCCUGUUGCUCACCAUUUACUAUGGACUCCAACCCAAGAAUGGGAGUUCUGCAAGCAAUGUCUGGAAUUACUAACAAUCAGCUAUCAGCGUCGGAUGGCCCACGGGCAAGAGGAAUGGAAACACUCACACAGGGACUUGAGGGGAAGUUAAAAAGUGAAUGUUCAGCGUUAGGAGUGUCAUCAGUGCCGCCGAUUUCCCACUCAUCAGAGCUUGACUGCUUCGACUUUGAUAAGCACUGCAGAUGGCGCAAUAUUGAAGGGCUUUUUGUGGACGAGAUGGAUUGGUUUCAGGUAGAGCAUUGCCUGGACGUAAUCAGUUUUUCGAUAAAUAUAGUUUUCGUUUUCUCAGAUGGUUCCUAUGCGAUUGUGGCUACUGAUACUUCGACAACGGCUGCUGCUAAAGCAGUGCUAGCAGCUGAUCCGAUUCCCUGUCAAAUUGGAGCAGGAGAAUUGAGCUUCAAGUUCUGGACCUCUCCACAAGUACGCAUUCGAGUUUGCGUAAGGAGAAAUCCGAAACUUCUACUCGAUUUCGACUAUUGUAGCAAUACAGUUGAAAACGGUGAUCCAGGACCUGUUAGCGUAAGAAUUCCUCAACUAUCCACAUCUCCAUUUCAGCUCUUCAUAAUAGCUGAUCACUUCACGUUCAACUCCUCCGAUUUACAAGGUGGUUUCGCUAUCAUAGACGAUAUCCAAUAUACGGCUGAAAUAUGCAGUAAUAUCGAGCUAGAUCAGGAUCAGGUAGGAAAACCUUUUGUAGAGGAACCAACAGCUCACUUGACGAAGAAAAAUUCUUUCUCCUUAAUUGAAUCUAUAGCCACAAGUACGAUCUUCUUGUCGUUCCCUGAUGAAUUCGAUUCCUUCUUUGUAUUCACUUCAGUUGAUAGCCAAUCUUUACAAGAUUACACCGAUGCGUUUUCAGUCGAGGAUCUAAGAAGGAAGCAUUUGGUAGUGAUCACCAACUAUUUCACCUAUGCAGCUGAAUUUUACAUCGAGACUUUAUUUUCCUAG